AUGAAGCAAUACAAGAAGCGUCAAGAACCAGGACCGUCAACUUUUUUUAAUGAUUAUCAGAAUUUGUAUACUCUGGCAACCUAUUUUGAAAAGGGGAUCUUGUUCCAGUGGAUUAAGAAUGACGAUCCUCGCCUUGGAGAGGCUGAUAGAUUUGCAAGAAGGGCAAUACGGAAAGGUAUCCAAGAGAAGGAUCCAGCCGCCAAAGCUUACGACAACUUGCGUGUACACAUUACAUAUGAUAGCAAUACCAAGGGACACAAACCCACCGAUGCAUACCAACCGUCGCCUAUCAAUCAUUGUGAGGAUUUCCCGAGUGCCGAGCAACCUGGCACCAGCAAGGCUCAACCUGACACCAAGCAGCUCCAUCAC